AUGGAGAUGAUUGACAAUCGCCUGAAGUGGUUUGAAAAUUGGGAUGAGCCCAUUUCCGAAUGGGAGCGCCAACCCCGAAGACCUUCUCGCCGCGAGCAGGCUGUUAUUGCUCACCUCGAAGAUCGACGAGAGGUCAGGGGAUUCUACGGAUCUGCCACAUUGGAAGGAAGAGCAAGCACGGACCGAAGCCGAGAGGAUCCUCUGCGUACAACAUCCAAGGCUCAGUCUACUUCCUCUUUCACCACCUAG